UUCAUGUUCUUGCUGCACGUUGUUGAGCAGCAUGACUAGCAGCCCGUGCUGGAUGUGAGAGCUGAUGUCUGUGGAAAUGAUGGAGGUUUCGGUGAGUUCAGCGGAGCCGCUCCGGCCGGCUGGGGUUCUACAACAGAACCGGGUCUUCCUCGACUUCUUCUGGGACCUGGCUAACCCGGACCAGGAGGUCCGGCUGAAGGCGGUGGAGAACUUGAUCCAUUACCUGAAAACAGAAAACAAGGCUGAUGAGUUGGAAUACACAUUUAAAAGGCUGGUGGAUGGCCUUGCCCACACCCGGGAGACGGCCCGACCCGGGUUCAGCCUGGCUCUGGGACAGGUGUUGAGUGCCUUUGAAGACAUUUCCCUGCAGAGCAUACUUGACAGGAUCAAAGAAAAACACAACUUACAGGCUGUGAAAAGGAAACUUGCCAGAAAUGCCAUGUUUGGGAAUCUGUUUGGCGUCCUUGCCCUCCAUCAGUCGGGACGCCUCGUCAAAGAACCCCAGGUGGUGCUGGGAUGUGUGCAGCUCCUUCAGUGUUUGAUCCAGCACAAGCAGCACCUGAAGGACUUGCCCAGCAAAACCAUGACCGACAUCCUCACUGAGAUACCAGAAGAGGUGUUUGAGGAGGUUCUGCUGAGCUCUCUGGAAGCCGACCUGGCGUCGGCCUUCAGGACCCCGGAGCAGAUGCAGCUGCUGCUGGUGGCGCUGCAACACUUCCCGCAGGCCCUGAAACCCAAGAAGCUAAAGAAGCUGCUGGACUCUUCCACCAUCAUCAACGCAGACAACAUCCAAAAGCUAGUGGAGGUGUUGAAGAUGGCGGCCCGCUCAGUGAAGAAGGAGCGUGUCCUCCCCUCUGUGGCCCUGGACUUGCUGAAGCUCUCCCUGAAGGAAGACAGUUUCCAGCUGUUCUGGGACAAAGCCAUCACUGAGGGGAUGUUUAAGGAGCCGUCUGGACCGACACAUUACUUGAGCUACCGUCUGCUGGGCAGUGCCCUCCCUCUGCUGUCCUUAUCCCAACUAAAGGAGGUUUUAUCUGGAGAAGUGAUGAUGCACUACGGCGAACACGUAGUUUCAGCUCAGAAACCGGACCGCUUUAAACUGGCCCCAGAAAUGGACACAUACGUGUCAGACUUUCUGCAGGGCUGUCGGGACUCUGACAAACAGCUGGCGGUCAUGGUGAGCUUCUCCUCACUGACCAACAAUGGUUACCCCGUGGUGCCGACAGUGUGGCGGGUGGUGCAGCACCUGGAGCCGGCGGCUCUGCAGAGCUACGUGGACUGGCUUAAAGGGACGUUCCUGCAGCCUCAGCCAGACCGUCUGCUGGACUUCAGCACCCGCAAGCAGAAAGACAAGAGCAAAGAGCAGAAAGAGAGCUCGAUAUUCCGCCUGAGGAAGUGGAUCAUCGCUCGCCUCGCCUCGAUCAUCGACAACCAUCAAGUGAAGAAGCAUGAGGAUCUUAUCAUGGAUGUGGCCAGGUUUGUCUUUUUCCAUGCUUUCUUCAGCGCCAAGAAGGCUACUACCUCGGAUAUUGCAGAGACGAGCGAAAAUCUUUCCACCCCACUGGAUGACGAAACCAGAGGAGCCCUUGUUAAUUCAUUCUUUGGGCUUCUCAUGUCCUUGCACCACAUGCCACUCAUCGACGACAGCACAGCUGUCAAUCAGAAGCGAUCUGUUGGUGUAACGGCAGAUGGCACCAUGUGGAUCUACCACCUGGUCCAGUAUACUCAGCUGCUGCUCAGCCAUCCCAAACAUGUCCAAAGCGUCCAGCCGUUCAGCGCUGAGCAAAAACAGGCCUGGGACGGCAUGCUGCAGUCAGUGGCGAAUUUGAAAAGAAAAGCAAAGAAAGGCCUGACGACAGAGAGCGCUGCGUUCCAGCAGCUCUUCCUGCUGAUCGGCAUGCUCCUCUUCAAGGCUCCAGAUGAGGUGCUGGACAUUAUGAAGGACCUGCAGAGCUGCAUUGAUAAAGCCCAGGAGAAGAAAACCAACAAGAAGAAGAAACAACAAGCUAUGGACGAAGAGGAGCCAGAGUGGGUGGAGGUGAUGGUCGACAUCCUGCUGUCCCUGCUGUCCCAGCAGAGCAGACACAUCAGGCAGGUCUGCAGGGCGGUCUUCAGCUCCAUCUGCCCCCACGUAACUGCAGCAGCACUCACUGCCAUCAUAGAUGUCUUGGACCCAGAGAAGGAAGAUGAGGAAGACAGCGCUGUAGUCGUCACUGACGACAGAAACAAAACACAAAAGAAACUGAAGGAUGAUGAUGACGAGGAACAAGAUGAAGACAUGGAGGAUGAUGAGUCAGAGGAUGGCUCUGAUGAGGAGAGUGAGGGUGAGGAGGAGGAAAAAGAGAGGGAGGAGGAAGAAGUGGACCAAAACUUUCGCCUUGAGUUGAUGAAGGUCCUCCAGCAGCAGAACGCUCUGGCCACAGAGGAAGACGCCAGCAGCGAUGAAGAUCUGGAUGAUGAAGCUAUGAUGCAGCUCGAUAAGAGCCUGUCGGCGCUGUUCUCAGAACAAAAGAAGAAGAUUCAGGCAAAGAAAAAUGAGAAGAUGAAGCUGCAGAAAGAGAGGGGUCUGGUCCGGGAAUUUAAGAUUAAGGUGUUGGACCUGGUUGAGGUGUUUGUGGCCCGGCAGGCCGGCAGUCCUCUCAUUCUGGGUUUAGUGGAGCCGCUGCUAAACAUCAUUGACAGAGGAAUGAGUUCUGGGAGCGAGCAGCAGGAGCAGGACUUCCUCCGCAGAGCAGCAGAUAUCUUCAGGAACCAUUUGUGCAGGUCCAAAGUUUACUGCAGGACUGCCGGUGACAGGCAGGGGGAGCUCCACGACCUGCUUUACAAACUGAUGAGCAAAGCCCAGAAGCUGUCAGACUCAUCUCUGUGUCUCUACUACUUCAGUGCUUCUCUUUAUGUGGUGAAGGUGCUGCGUGGCGCUCCACCCACUGAGACCAAAGAGGAGACUACAGCUGACGGAGCAACAGCAUCAGUAAAUGAUCCAAAGUUUAUGGGGAACGUGGAUGUGGAUCGGGUGUCGAGCCUCUUCAGAGAGGCUCUGAUCUCCUUCAUGAGCCGAAGGAAGAGUCCUCUGACUUCUCAGAUGUUCACCGACCUGUUCACCAGAUUCCCUGUUUUUUGUGUGAACCUCCUGGAUACGGCUGUGCAGCACAUCACAUCAGGAGUCCGGGAACAUCAGCAGUGUCAAGCGUGUGUGUUGGUCCUGCGGGCAAUGCAGAGCAAAGACAUCCAGCAGCUUCUGAGCAGCUAUGAGUGGACGCAGCUCUGUGAGAAGGUCUCAGCGCAGCUGGUUUUGAGUCUGGCUCAGGUCGGCCAAGCUGAGAGCAAGGCGGCCAAAGAGAAGCUGGUCAAAACCCUGGAGCUCUGUCAGUUUGUGGUCAAGCACAUUCACCAGCAGAAAUUGUUUGUGGACCUGGAGCAGCUAAAGAAGGUCCUGCAGUCCCUGACCAGCAAUGUCUCGUUCAAGAAGACGGGAAAACUGGAGGACACCUACUGGGCCGUGAUGAAACACUUUGGAGUGAUGAAGCCCAAAGUUGACAAGACAAAGCCCAACAAGGACAGCGAGAAGGCGGCCGCUCCCAAGAAGAUGAAAGGUUUCCUGCCAGAAACAAAAAAACGUAAAAAGCGCAACAAGCCUGUUUUGGAGCCAACAGGGGAGAAGUCGGCCCCGGCCACCAAGCCAGGGGAGCAGAAAGGAAUGGCCAAAGAGAAACAAGACAAGAAGACUAAACAGAAACGAUCGGCCGAUAGUUCUGCUGCUUCACAGACCAACCCGGCCAAGAAGAGCAAAACGCAACCUGACAGGAAAGCUGGCAAAAAGAAGAAACCCAAGCAGAAGAAGCAAGGAGAGCAAAUAUAAUGUGGACUAUUUAAAUUGAAACAGGAAAUAACAUUUUAAAUAAAAGCUUUUUGUUUCUUUAUUGCUACCACAUCAGGUUUAACUGUAUGUUUACGCCAAUAUAUACAAAAUAAAAAGUGGAGAUUUGUAGGAAGUGUAGUGAAAGAUAAUUUUUUCUAACAUGUGACUGCUGUUGAUUAAAAAAACCCCUCUGAAACAAUAAAAAUAUACUUCUCUGCCUUUAAAUCCACCAGUUUCUCAUAAUUUCAGCUUCAGCGUGAUAUUCUAUUCCGCAUUAAAUUAAAUUCUCAAUUCUGGAUUUGCGCUGCUCAGUGUGGCAGCCCGAUGGAGUAGCUCUGUAUUUUCAGUUAGAAUUUUUUCUUUUUUCAAGCUUUCGUUUCUGUCUUUCUGAGGGAAAUAUUACUUUAUUUUGGACAAUUAUUCUUUCUUGCUUUGGAUGCUGUGUAGUUGGACUGAUUUUUGCCAAUACUUUUCAUACUUUGCUCUUUUUAUCUUUGGAAUCGAUAAGGUAUUUUUGAAUUUGAGUUAAAACUGCAGCAUGUAACUUUUACACAAAACAUGUUUGUUACAUAUUUGUUAAAACUGUGAAUAAUAAACUUCAUUUAAAACGGGACAAUGUAGGCGCUGUGUACCAGAUUAUAGUACAAGCUAAUUCUCAUCUGGAGUCCCUUGAUUAUGUAAACAGUAAGAUAGAUAAUCUGUGUAAAAAAUUUAGCUCUUCUGCCUUCUAGCGCUUCCAGUUUUAACUGCAGAAAUACAAAACUCAGAAACAACCAGUCAAAGCAAAGAGGAGGGUCUUAGUGUUGUCAAUCACUCUUGUGCUCCCACUUGCUCUCUGCAACAGCUGAUUUACCACAACUUAGCCUGCCACAAAUGCUAAGACUAGUUAGCAAAGUCACUGAUGAUGGCGGAUAAAUGGUUUUCCUGGAACGGUACAUUGUUUCCCUGCCACUAGCACAUUGAGCAGCAUUGAUUUACACAUCUUCUGGCUCUGAUUGGUUGUUUUUAACUGAGAGCGAUGCAUUUUUUAAGGGAAGAAAAGAGGUGGAGGAGUUUGAUUUUUUUCAUAGAUUGUCUCAUACCAUAAUGUCGUGAAAUGGUGACAGUUUUCACAAAUAAGGUAAAAACAUAUUUUUGCAAAAGUUUCCUACUGCAGAUUUAAUGAGAAAAAAAGCUAAAUGAAAAACACCUUUCUAAAGAUCCAGCCCGGUCCACAUCUGGCAGUCACAUGCAUCCAUUCUCACUUGUAUGGCUCUAAGGUAGAAAGCAUCGGGAUACAAUCGUGUUUAUCUCCUUCAGAGGUUUUAUUGGACAUUUGGCCAAUUGUAAGUAGCACAUUAGCACAUGAAUGCUAAUGUGCCAGGAGCCUCAUUAAUGAAUCUCAUGAUUGAUCCUCUUUAGCAGCAAGCUUUUUUUCUCCUUCACUGACUUUUGAGUCGGACAGCAGAAGAAGUGCUAAAUAGAAAAGAGCAUAACAUAAUGAGUCAUUAAAAGCAGCAGGUAAGGUUCUCCUUUAAUUACAGUGCACUGCUACAAUUUUAACUGAAAACUAUUUAAAGUGAAAUUCACUCAUAUAUGGCAUAUUCAGAUCUUGCAAAGCUUUGAACACAGAAACACAAUAUAGAGGGUUCAGACCUCCUACUGAUGGAUCCAGUUGUACAUCUGAUAUCAGUGGGAAAAUGGGAUUUUUCAAGUUUUCCUUCCUACAAAGAAUGGAGAGAGAAAGUCUUACAGAAAAUUCACAUCAGUCAAGAAUUAAUGUCUGACCUCUAUCAUUAAUUAAAAUAAUUUUUCGUUUCUCACAGUUGAGAUGUACCUUUAAUGAAAAUGAAAUUACAACCCUCUAUGGUCUUUGUGAGAAACUUGAAUAAUCAGUGUAUCAAAUACUUAUUUCCCCCUCUGUGCAGUCUAGGAGACAAGUAAAACCUGAGUGAAUAUA